UUCAUUAUCCCGAUGGGAUGAAUUAUCUCUCCCUCCUGUGUUGUGCCGGGUGUCAAAUGCCGAGAAUUUGUCAAUCAUUUGUCGAUCCUCUGGAGUCAAUGGAGCCAAUCUUUUUAUAGUUCCUGCAAUAAUUAACCCCCCAAUCAAUGGUUCCGUGGUGGUUGAUCGAUUUGGAACUUCAGGCAAACGGCUGCUUUGAGUGAUGGAGAAUACACGAGAUCUUUGUAGCGAAGAGGGCGAUGGAGAUGGAAGGAACAAUAGCACUUGUUCCACUUCUUCAACAUCGUACCGUUUGUUCGGCCGGCAAACUACAAUUCAUCAGAUGAUGGGUGGUGGUAAAGCUGCUGAUGUUGUAUUAUGGAAGCGGUGGCAUAUUUCAUGUGGCAUCAUUGUUGUUGCUACUGUCGCAUGGCUCAUUUUUGAGUGGUCAGGGUUAUCAUUCUUAUCAAUAUGUUCAGAUGUCUUGUUAAUCUUGAUUGUACUGCUGUUUCUUUGGGCCAACUAUGCUGCUUUCAGAAAUAAACAACUCCAGACGCUACCUGAGCUAGUCUUGUCAGAAGAAAUGGUCAAUAAUGCUGCUGCAUCAUUUCGUGUAAAAAUCAAUUAUGCACUGCUUAUGGCUCAUGAUAUAACUCUUGGCAAAGAUUUUAGGCUUUUCUUCAAGGUGGUGAUCUGCCUAUGGCUAUUGUCUUUAAUUGGCAGCUUAAUCUCUUUUUUUACACUUGCAUAUAUUGGUACUGUCAUUUUUCCACCGUAUAUCACCACAAUGUUUGGAGGGAAGGUCAUGGGUUCGAAUUGUGGAAACCAGCUCUUUUCAAAGCAAGGAUGGGGCUGUGUAGCCCCCAGGGGCAUAUCUCUGCUGGCAAUAGGAAGACACGGAAAGUGCUUGUCGGGGUGAUGCUCUUGGGGCCCCCCGGUUAUGCACCCGUGUUCAAGCCCUAGCCAGUGCGAGGCGCAUCCCUGAUUUAAUCUCCUAUCAUGUUGUGGGGCUGGCAGGUAGGGGGCGCUCGUAAUGGUGCGAAACCAAAAAAAAAAAAGGAUGGGGCUGUGUACAACAACUCUCCUUUGAAUUGCCUUGUGCAAUGGGGACACCUUUAUAUCACCAUGGUCUAACACUUCAUUCCUGCGAUCAAUAUCCACAGACAUACCAUUUUGUAGGUUUAUGAUAAAAUUUUAUUCCUGUCUUUGUGUCAUCACUUCUGGAAGUUGUGGUGAUCCCUACCUUGGUCGUACUGAACUCCACUUGACCCAGUUCCUAAUGGAAGCAGGAUAUGUAGGCAAUUUACAUGCUUUUUCUGAGGUUAGUUUCAUCACUCCAUCACUUACCAGGGGAAAAUAAAUAAAUAAAUAAAGACUUACUGGAUUUCAUCACUCUGUCACAAUGUCCUCAUAUUACGGGUAUAACAAGCUACUCAAUUGUAACUUCUUGAUCCAAAAAACAUGGGUUGAGUCACCCUAGGUAGUGAAACUUGUCCUAGUCCAAUCAAAUGGCCCACUUGAACCAAAGUACCCGACCUGAUUCUUGCCUUAAGAGCGGGAAUAUGUUGGGUCCUAGGUAUUUUUGUGAGUUCAGUCUUGCAUCAUUGCAUUCUACAAUUGCACAUCACCUCACAGCAUCAUUACCUCACUCCAGUCUUGCAUCACUGCAUGACACGCACUUCAUGAGUCCCUGUUUAUUUGCAUUGCAUUCAAGCAGAAAAUUGUGGCCUAGCUUCUUGUCAUCUAGGAAAGCAAAGUGGGAGCCAGAAGUCGAGCUAUAACUAUCAUGCAUGUAUAAAAAAAACUUGGUCUCUUACCUUAGUUCAUGAAAACCAAGAUUUGACUGGUUAUUUUGCAAUGCCCCAAAACCAUAGGGCACAUGGGAUGUACUGUCCAUGCCAUAAAGUGAGCGAAUUUAUUAAGUGCGGUGGUUGUAUGGAAUUAUGCAAGAUUCAAAUGCAAGCAGAAAGAGGAUCUUAUAUUCUUAAUACUCUUGCAUCUUUCUAUUAUUCUUAUAAUCUUAAUACUCUUGCAUCUUUCUAUUAUCUUCAUUUUCCCCCUCAACAGUCAUGUUUAUGUAUUAUUUUUUUUCCUCCUCACAACUUAGCCAAGAGGUAAUUGGAAACAGUGACUUCCUAUGAACUGCUAGAAUUUUGCGUUAACAUUUGUUUAGACAUUGGAACAUCUGGAUGUAUGUCCAUAUGGUAUGUUAUUUGAGUUCUGACAUUUUUGUCAUUUUAAU